AUGUGGCACAUUCAGAAUAACUAUCAGUACAAGACGCAACGCUCAAAUUCAGAUGUAAUACAGUUGAAAUGUGUAAAAGAGCCUGUUUGCAAUUGGUAUCUUAGAGCUAUGAAAAAGGAAAAACUCAAUGUAUGGAAGAUAACAGUAAUUAGAGGGCAGCAUACAUGCACAAAUGCGUCACUGCAUCAGGGUCAUCGACAGUUGGAUUCAGAAUAUAUCGCAGAGGAGGUGCUACCUAUGGUAAGAGCAGAUUUGAAAAUAAAUAUUGCAGCUAUUCAGGCCUUUGCUAGUUCUCAGUUACAACACCCGGUUUCGUACAAGAAAGCAUGGAAGGCCAAACAAAAGGUUAUCGAGAAAUUAUUUGGGACAUUUGAAGUUUCAUACAAUGUCCUCCCUAGAUUGUUGCAAGCAAUACAAGUUUCAAAUCCAGGGUCGGUGGUUAAUUUUAAAUAUAAGGACAUUGUCAGUAAUCGGGCUACGUUUGGUCGUGUAUUCUGGGCAUUUUGGCCUUCUAUAGUCGGCUUUCAAUCCUGUCGUCCUUUGAUAAGUAUUGAUGGCACACAUUUGUAUGGGAAAUACAAAGGCAAAUUGUUGAUCGCGGUUGGGUAUGAUGCAGAUAAUGGCCUUUUCCCGUUGUGCUUUGCUAUUGUAGACGAAGAAAGUGCUGAUAAUUGGGGAUGGUUCAUAGCAUGCAUUCGUUCUUAUGUUACCAAUCGAAGAGGCAUUUGUGUGUUGUCUGAUCGACACACUGGUAUUUUGGCAGCAAUGCGUGAUGGUUGGCCAGAACCAUUUGCUUAUCACAGAUUUCUCAUGAAUACAAUGAUGUUUCCAUUGAGACGAUGGCUGGAUUCUCUGGAUGUUGCUUCCAGUUGGUAUUGCGUGAUGAUUGUGGAAAAUUUGUAA